UAGGAGGCGCGUAGCGUUCGAAAGACGCUUGGCAUACGGUUAAAUAUACAAAUCUUCAAUUCUCAGAAGCUCCGGUAUCCCGUCAAUGCAUCUUCUUUCAAUCUCUGUCCCCGCGAAUAUACUAUGAACAUUUUAAGGGUUUAAUCAAAAUCUAGGGUUUAUUAAUCAAGGCGCAACUAUUCUCUCUGCUCGUAAUCAGCUUCAAUGUCGGCAUUUGGCGCGGCUACUGCGGCGAAUCCAAAUCCUAAUAAGUCUACUGAGGUCGCACAACCUCCCAGUGACUCAGUAUCAAGCCUCUGUUUCAGCCCCAAGGCAAAUUUCUUAGUGGCUACUUCAUGGGAUAAUCAGGUACGUUGUUGGGAAGUAAUGCGAAGUGGAACCAAUAUCGGCACAGUCCCCAAGGCAUCUAUAUCUCAUGACCAACCGGUUUUAUGCUCUACAUGGAAGGAUGAUGGGGCCACUGUCUUUUCUGGAGGUUGUGACAAGCAAGUAAAGAUGUGGCCACUGUCUGGUGGUCAACCUGUAACUGUUGGCAUGCAUGAUGCUCCUGUGAAAGAAGUUGCUUGGAUUCAAGAGAUGAACCUCUUAGUCACAGGAAGCUGGGAUAAAACCCUGAGGUAUUGGGAUCUUAGGCAACCGAAUCCAGCACACGUCCAACAGCUUCCCGAGCGCUGCUAUGCGCUAACUGUGAAGCAUCCUUUAAUGGUUGCUGGAACUGCUGAUAGAAAUCUUAUAGUCUUUAAUUUGCAAAAUCCUCAGACUGAGUUCAAGAGGAUCAUGUCACCUCUAAAGUACCAGACAAGGUGCUUGGCUGCCUUCCCUGAUCAACAAGGUUUCCUGGUUGGCUCAAUUGAAGGAAGGGUAGGCGUACACCACAUUGAUGAUGCACAGCAAAGUAAAAACUUUACUUUCAAAUGCCACAGAGAGAACAAUGACAUUUACUCUGUCAACUCUCUGAAUUUCCAUCCUAUGCAUGGCACUUUUGCUACUUCUGGAUCUGAUGGGGCCUUCAACUUUUGGGAUAAAGACAGCAAACAGAGGCUCAAGGCAAUGCAACGCUGCAGUCAGCCUAUUCCUUGCAGCGCUUUCAACAACGAUGGCUCAAUAUUUGCAUACGCGGUCUGCUACGAUUGGAGCAAGGGUGCAGAGAAUCAUAAUCCAGCAACUGCAAAGACCUGCAUUUUCCUGCACUUGCCACCGGAAAAUGAGGUCAAAGGAAAACCAAGAAUCGCAACAGGCAGUAGAAAAUGAAGAGAAACCCUCCUGUCUGGUCCUUGUCAUAUUUGUGGAUAGAAGGCCAUUUGCUGCUUUGUACAUGGAGGCAUUCUGGUUUUGAAAUUCAUACAUCAUUCUGUUGAGAAUAGCUGCCAUACAAUUGUCCAUUGGUGAAGUGUUGUUCUAUGUCUGGAUCUCUCUCAUCUUUUGUGCCAUUGGAGAAAAACGCAAGCUCCCCCACCCCCCUGCCCCCUUGAACUCUUGUAUUUUAGCACUUUUGUUGUAUGACAAUAGACGUGUAGUGUUUGUCUAGAUCAUGAAACAACACUUCUAUCUUUGUUAUGUUACUGCAAAUCUAUGCAAUGCGCCACAGUUUCUGUUCA